GGCUCGGUAGCAUGACCACCAGGUGGUCGGUGAUUUUUUCCCCGAAGAUUUCCUGGAGAUUGGUGAUUUGAGUGACCACGUUCUCCUCCGUGCAGCUCUCCGAGUCUACUAUCAGAAUGAAGAGGUCAGGGCCAGGUGAACAUGUCUGAGGAGAAGAACCCCGACGUGGUGGGCUGUCCUGCCUCCAUCAUGAAGAACGUGUGGGAGAUUAGAGGUCGAGAGCAGGACCAAAAGCUGCAGAAGGAGCAGCAGCGACUGGAGAACAGCGCACUCUCUGGUAUUAACAAGGAUUGGGAAAAUCGCAUUGUUGCCAAAAUGACAAAAUACCAACGUGUGGAAAGGAGAAAGCCACCUGCUGAUACUCCAACAGAUAGCAACAAUGUAUGGAGGAGCAAGCACUCUGAGGUACCUCGUGUUCGUCUCCAAAGUUCAAGUUCAGGUUCAGAACUUCUCAGCAGACCUGGAGUCCAGAGCAGAAUCCUGUCCAAUUCUACUGUUAGCUACAAAAACAAAAAGAGCCAAGACAUGCAUUUCAACAAGCUGCAGUUUCUCAUGAUCCUUGAAGAGACUCAACCUUCCGCUGUGGACUGGAGGAAGUCAUGGAUGUUUGACAAGUCUUUGCCAUCACCAGCAGGGGGAACCACAGACUGGGGUCAGUGCUGGAUGUUUGCUACACAGCAGCCUUAUUCUGAACCAGGUAAACCUUGGCUCAAUGGGCCCAACAAGAUGGACCCUCGCAGUCUUUAUCUGUGGGACGAAGCUGAGCACAGGUCAGUGGAUUUAAUGGAGUUGAAUUUAAGCCUUUUCACUAAAGAGUGGAAAAAGUCCUGGAGAAAAUCCAACAAGAAUAUAAUGAAAGAUUGUGACAAUAGAAAAAACCUUAGCAGAUCAGAAAACCUGUUGUUAGUGGCUCUGCAGGAACCCAGAACCAUGGGUCCAUCAGACUGGACACAGUCAUGGAGAUCCACCAAAGCAGCCACUCAGUCCCAGUCUACUCAUGCUAACAAGCAAAGUAGCAGAGAUGACAUGGCGUGUAGGUGGGAAGAAUGUUGGAGGCUUGUCAACCAUCAUGGAAGCAACGAAUCUCAGUCGCCGUGGGAUGACUCAUGGAGAUUGGCUGUCAUUAAUGAUCACAAAAAUCUGUAUUGUCUAGAAGAUGCCCAUUGCAAUUCUGACAAAAUCAUGCUUCAGCCAUCAAACCAAAAAGUUCGGAACAGGCACCCUCAGCUCUGGAAUGACUUGAACGCCCAGUCUUUGUGGAAUAAGUCAUGGCACAUGACUAAGAACAACUCCAAACCAUGUCAAACACUAGAGAAGAUUCUUAAAACUUUGCCAAAGAUGUCUGAUGAGGAAGGUUUGGAGUUGCAGGAGAACCUAAAUCAGCAAUAUUCAAUACCAGAAACAGAUUACUUGUACAAUACCCAUCUUAAAAACAACAUGAUAUAUGAUUUAAAGACAAUAUUAAUUAACUCUAAGCUGUUUCUGAAGAACAACGAGCAAGGUCAGUAUUUGGCCAAUUGGAGAGAUUCCUCUAAAAUAUUUAAAACUGGAAUGAAUAUGAAGAAACAAGGAUCAACUCUCGACCAUUUACUGCCUGUCAGAGACCAAGUUGAUGUCUGUCAUCUCAAAAAACAGGUGAUGUCAUCUACCUCAGAGUGGAAAAGGUCUUGGCGGCUCAUUUGUGGACCUCCCCAAGAAAAUCCCUACCUUUGGCAGCAGCAUUGGCCCACCCUAAGACCAGUCCAAGCCAAUCGGACGUGGAACCAGAACCACUUCUACCCCCCGUUAGAUCUUCCUAAAAAUGGUCCAAACCCAGAAAGAAGUUGGAGAGAUUCUAGGAUAUCCUACAAACCAGCAAGUGGGAGAAAACUUCCUUCUUCUAUCAACCAAGAUAAAAAAGAUGACAUGAGCUCCAGGUGGAAGGAAUGUUGGAGGCUGAACCAAAAUGAACGCAACAUUUUCAGUGUGCACAAAGUCAAAGACACUUCAGAUUGGACUAAUUCAUGGAGAUCAGCAGUGGUUCUCAUUGAUUAUAAUAACAGAAAUUCUGAUAAUCGCAAACAAAAUAACAGUGAUGCUGAUGAAUCCUGUGUCCUCACUGACAAAACUGUGGUCGAGUCUUACAAACAGAAAUAUAAAGGCAGGUGCAUGCUUCACUGCAAUGAUUUGAAGGCUCCCUCGGUUUGGGCCAAGUCAUUGCAGGUGACCAAGAACAGCACAAAACCAUGUAAGGAAAUUGAAGAGAUCCUUAAGGCUUCACCACCAAAAAUGGAGAAGAUGGAGAGCAAACAUAAAACACUGAAGUUAGAAGACUCAGACUACAGGCAACUGAAAAACAGCAUUAUCCACAAUACGGAGUUGACAUUUACCAAAUCUAAGUGGCUUUUGAUGAGACUGGAGGCAGUCACUCCCCACUCCUCAAAUUGGAGGGAAUCAUGGAGAACACUGAAACAUAGCCCGCACACAGAGAGAAGGGUGGGACCUAAUUCUUUAAGAUCUCUUAGAGAAUUAGAGGGUGUAGUAUCAACAGCCUCAGGAUGGAAUGAAUCAUGGAGACACACGAGUCAGAAUCUGCAUCAGGACCCAGUACUUUGGCAACAAGGCUGGCCCACCACACGACCAAUCAGAAUAGACCGUGCAUGGGAACAGAAUCACUUCCCCCCUGUUGAUCUCCCCAAGAAUGGACCAAAUCCAGAGAGGAGUUGGAGAGAUUCCUGGAGAUUUUUAAUGAGUCGACAACGGUCAAUGCCUGGACUUCAUAAUGCACAAAAUCGACAGGGAAGAUCAAGUGCCCCCUACCACUAUCCAGACAACACACAGGCUCUGAGAAGGGGUGGUAGGACAGUUUCUGACUGGCAGUCAUCCUGGAUGGUCUCAGGAAGUCAAUUCCACCAUGAUACACCUUCGUUUACCCAAUGGAGGGACUCAUGGAGGUCUGUCCCCCAGACAGAAAACACUAGUGAGCAGGAUUCUAGAGAUAACUGGGUUGAUGAAAGACUUAAAGGAAAGAUGUUCUUGCAGAGAACCAGUGCUAAACUGAACUGGUCUUUUGAUGACCACAUAUUUGAAGAAAGGUACGCUGGAAAACAGUGGAUUACAUCAUGGAGUGCUAAGUCACUUCUGAGCCAUCAACCAACUUUUUACCGAUCUUCAAAUGCAUCAUGUAUGAGUAAGGGUAAACUUACUUGGCAACAACAUGCUGCAGCCAAUGAACUUGGAGCUCGGUGGGGUAGGUCAUUCCGAAUUGCCAACCCCCCUCCAACCCUGAAACAACCCUGGUUGGAGUGUCCUCCUAAUGUAUGUUACUAUACAGUUUUGUGGCAAAACACAGAGAAUGUACAAAGCAGAGCUAACAGAAGGUAUCUCCAGCUGCUGGAGACCCAGCAUCUCCAAAAAUGUUUUUACCUGUCAGAGUGGAGACAGUCAUGGAGAUCCAUCAAGCCAGAAGGUCAUCAGGGCCGUCUUACUUACAAGGAGGAUCAGAUGAAUUCUAUGUGGGGCAAAUGUUGGAGGCUUGUCAACCUUCAUGAUUGCAACAAAACCCAGUUGCCUCAAGGUAUUAACUUUCACAGUUCAGAGUGGACUAAUUCAUGGAGAUCAGAUAUAGUUGUCAUCGAAGACCGUCACAAAUCUGAUAUUGCUCUUUGGAUGAAUGACACUCUCGGUAAAAGUAUGCAUCACUAUAAUUACAUCCUGAGGAAACACAGCAUUAUUUCUUCAAAUAAACACAAAUACAGAGAUGUUCACCUACAGCUGUGUGAUGAUGUCAAGGCUCACUCUAUGUGGAGCAAAUCAUGGCAAAUGUCCAAGACUAACCCAAAAUCAAGUCAACAAAUGGGAAAAAUCCAUCAAGCUUAUCCAGCUAGGAUGAAGACACCUUUGAGAUCUCAGUUUCUGGAGAAAAACCCAAAGGGACAAUAUUUGUGCAGUGAACAACUGAAAAAUUACACAAUAUAUGUACCCCAGAUUACAUACACCAAAUCUAAGUGGCUUUUGAUGAGACUUGAGAAAAGUUUACAUGACUCAUAUUGGUGUGACUCAUGGAAAACAGCAAAAUAUAAAGUGACUUUGGGGAGAAAAAGAAUGAGGCCUGAUCCUUUAGGAACUUUUAAGGAGUUGAAGAAAAGGGACAACCAGCUAUCAAGUGACCUAGUGUGGAAGAGUUCAUGGAAGCUACCCUGUCAGUCCCUGAAUAAGAAUCCUGUACUAUGGCAUCAUAACUGGCCCGUCAUGAGACCUAUUCGAGUUGAUCGAGCAGUAGACAGAAAUCAAUUUCCCCCUGUUGAUCUCCCUAAAAAUGGUCCGAAUCCCGAAAGGAGUUGGAGAGACUCAUGGAGAUUCUCUGGUCACACACGCCGGUCAGUGCGAUAUGUGGGUAAUACUCAAACAAGCCAAAGUAGGUCAAAGAUGACUAUCUUUUCUCCCUGGAAUGAAAAGGUUCCAAGAAAAUAUGGUAGACCUGUCCAUGAUUUGCAGUCACUCUCUAUGUUCAUGGAAAGUGAGUCUCACAAGGAUAAACCCUUCGAAAACCAAUGGUGGGAAUCUUGGAGGUCCAUUUGUCAAACAGAACACCUGGAUGUGCAAGAGUCUGGACUCAAGGUUGACUGGGUGGGUGAUGGGAUGGAGAUGGAAUCCCUUGUGGAGAAGAGAGUCACAAUCAAACAAAGUCAGUCAUUUGAUGAGCAGAUAUUUCAUAAAAUAUAUCCUAAACAAAAGUGGAACACAUCUUGGAGAGCUGAGCCACUUCUGAGCCACCAACUAAGUUUUUACACUUCUUCAGGUACUGCAAGUAUAAACAAAUACCACUCCCCUUUGCAGCAGCAGGGCACAACCACUAAACCUGGAUCUGAGUGGGGAUGGUCCUUCAGACUUGCCAACCCCAUGCCCCACAUCAAACAACCCUGGUUAGAGUCUCCUCCUAACACAUGUUACUACACAGCUUUGUGGUCGAAAGUUGAAAAGAUACCAAAUAAAACCAAGGUUGACUUCAGUAAAACCCCCUCAUUUCUCAGGCUUUGGAAAGACUCCUAUCUCUUUUUUCAGGAACUCCAGGUUAAAAACCCAAGUUCUGUGAUAAUAUUUCAAAAGAAGAUCAAACCCAGAAAGCAUCUUUAUGCUGAUAUGACAAAGCAGACACAAUCACAGCAGAAAUUUACAGGAGGUCACCUUCUGAGUAAAACCCAACCACGUUUCAAAAUAGGCUACACUUCAGUGCAGAAGAUAAAGAUGGAGGACAAGACUAAAGAAAAGUUCUAUGAAGACUGGGUAGAAUCCUGGAAGUUCCUAGAUUCACCUGGCCAACCCAAAGUGAUUGUUUCCAAAAAGUCAUUCUCUGAGUGGACUCAGUCUUGGAAGUUUCUCCUUCCACAGUAUGAGCCCAUGAACCAACACCACUCCAGGUCCAACAAAGAGUUUUUAGCUGGGACAUAUCACACAACAACAAACAGAUCACAACAGUAAAAUAGGAAGAAAUUAAAAAAGCUUCACCUGUCUUUUGUUCUCUUUUCCUUCAAAAUGAUUCAAUCUACUGGUUCCAGAUAGUCAAGAGUUUCGACUUGAAUAUUGGCUCAAAUUGUCAGGCUCAAGAACAGUGGAACCUCGAGAUACGAGCGCCUCGACAUACGAAAAUUUCCAUUGUUAUUAGCACUAAUAAGCGGCCGGAACAGAUUUUUUUUUUCUGUUAUUUCUUGUGGGGAAAAAAUGAUUUGAGAUACGAGCACCUCCAGUUACAAGCUAGGUCCUGGAACGGGUUAUGCUCGUAUCUCGAGGUUCCACUGUACACACUGGCCGAAAUUUAGCCGUAUAACGUAUACCAUAAACCUAAAUAUAGUUAAAAAAUUAGCUCAAAAUUGAAUUAAAAAAAGCCAAAAAGUAAUAGUGAGCAAAAACAGGUAAAAAUACAAACAACUAAAAGUUAGUCUGAAUUACCAAAUGAUUGUUCUGGAAAUAAUUUCAAUAAAAAAUUAAAUAUCCACAUUGACCGCAGACCCAGUUUGGUUUAUUCUCACGAUCCCGGUCAAAGUGCCUGGGUUAAAAAUAGCAGUGAACCCAGUGAUAACCUGGAUCCAGUCACACUUUCUGUUGACGGCAUCAACAGGAUCCUGUUGCAGGUGUAAAAUCAAUGAAGUGCUGCAGCUGACUGACUCACCCUGGGAGGUCUCACCUGCAGAAUCACUUAUUUACCUGCACCACAGCAUGAGCAGGUGUUCAAGGACAGCUAAUUAUCAUUAUAUUAGUGGCACAGUUAGCAUAUUACUUUGUACCUUGGUCCUGAUUAGACAGUAAUGUCUGUCAUCUGCAGUAAUGCUGCCCUCUACCUCUAUUUUGUAUUUUUUACUUAAACUGGACAUUUACAAUUGGAAAUAUUUGCUGCAAGAGAGCCAGUAGGGGGCGGUACUGCAAUGUACCACAUGGACCAUGUAAUUUAAACUCUGUUUAUACCCCUCUCUGCAGGGAAGGAAGAGGAGCGUGUUCCGGAAUCACAAUCACUUGCUCCCAUUUUAAAGAAGAUGAAUUAAUACUCACUGCACAUCAGAAAUGAAAAGAUAUAUUUCACCCUCACUGUGUGGGUUCAUUCAUUCACCAGUUUUCUAUAGUGCUCACCUCUUCUUUCAUCCCCUCCUCCCCUCUCCUCGUGUUUGGCACUUCACCCAACUUCCUGCUAAUUUUAGAUUCGCAGCUCUGGAUAACUUCACGUAUGACGUAAAAAUAGCAGAGAGGGAAACCUGCCUAGUACAGAGCAGAAACACAGAUCGGGGGUGUACGAUUCUGAGGGCGAGCAGUUCACGUCGACCACAGGGCAGAGGCAGAAGACUGCACAAAAACAGGAGCUUUCGACUGGAAGGUUGGCGGAAAAUAAAGACACGGACGUGUUUGACUUCUGACCUUCACUGUCACUGCAUACAACAGGACAUGUAAACCGUCCAAGAGAAGAACAUACUUCAGGCCACAGGAUGUUGUCCAAAAAAGGAGAGAGGACGUUCAGUAAUGGGCGGCUGAGGGACCAAUGGGAGAAGAGAGCUCAGAGUGAAGCAGAUCAAUGCAAACAACAGACUCAAUGGAGAGAGAGGAGCUCCCUGAAACUCCUUUUCUCCAAGUGGAACUACCACUGGGCCAUCUGUAAUGGAGAGCAGCUGAAAGGUGACGUAUCCGACUUCAGGAAAGUCACCUGUGCAGCAGAUGAACCUGACAACACCAAACCUAAGAUCAAGUUCAAAGUUGUCCCUCCUCCUCCAGUGUCCAGAGCGCAGCCUCAGCCACCUCCUCCUGUCAGAAAAAAAACUUCUCCAAUAUUCAAAAUUCAGAAACGUAAAGUUGAGGUAGACGCUUUCGGGAUUUGUUGGAAAGACUCGUGGAUGAGUCUGAAACCUCCAAAAUAUCUGUUUCUGAAGGCCAGGGAGUUUAAAGCCAGAUUAUCAAAAUUUGCAUCGAUUGCUGAGAUAAACGGAAGGACAUACAAACCCGAAUUGGACACGGAGGAGGAAACAGUGCCACCUGCUGCUGAGGAAUGGAGAAACGCCUGGAAACAGGUAAAGAGUGCAACACAGUCAGAUGAGUGUGGCCUCACACCAGAAUUCCAGUGGGACAUAUUGUUUGAGAUGGAAUUCAUUUGUGUACCAGAAAUAGGAAAAUAUUUUCUCCCCGUCUGGGCCGGAACAUGGAAGAUCAUGAACUUUGCCUUCAGACAGAAGAAGCCGAACUGGGAUUGUGUCUGGCCUGAGUUUCGACAAAACCCCAGCAACAAGUUGGAAAAACUGCAGGAGCUGGAGGACGAGGACGAGCUGCUGGACUGGGACGACUCCUGGAAGCUGUCUGCAGUAGAACUUCAAUCGGAAGAAAAAAAAGAAGACGAAAAGGUUGAAGAAGAAGAAGAAGAAGAAGAAGAAGAAGAUGAUGAUGAUGAUGAUGAUGAUGAUGAUGAUGAUGAUGAUGAUGAUGAUGAUGAUGAUGAUGAUGAUGAUGAUGAUGAUGAUGAUGAUGAUGAUAACUAUGGUGAUGAUGAUGACGAUGACGAUGAAGAAGACGCUAAUGACAAGGAGAGCCUAACUCCACCCACCUGGACCACUCUUCGAGCACUGAUGAUGACAAUGAAGAUCGUUGACUUCUACGUGCCAGGAUGGAGCGACUCCUGGCUGCUCACUGCUGCUCUUCCAGGAGAAGACGAGGAGCGUCGUACGAGCUGGAGCUCCUGCUGGAAAUACAGGCAGCAGAUCAGGUGGUGCAAGACUUCAGUCAAGUCCCAUCGUCAUCACAGUGACAUCAUGAAGAGCAGAUUCCAUACCAAGAAGGUUCUCCUCACCUCACCGCUCGAUGAAGACAUCACUGACCACGAGGAGUGGACGGAAUCCUGGAAAACUCCUAAAGGACUGGUCCAAAUAGAUGAGGAGGAGGAUCAUAAAGAGGAGGUGACAGACGAGGAGCUGGAUGACACAGAAGAAGAUGAGGAAGAGGGAAGACGAAGGAGGGGAUGA